UUGUCCAUUUGCGCGCAUAUUUUUAUCAUCUUGUUCGUAUAUGGUUUUGGACUAGUAAUUUUAUUUAUUUAUUUAAUUGUUUUCAGUACAUUGUUUGAGGCCAUGAUAUUUAUGUCAUGCUAUUAGUUGUAUUUACAGUAUUUCACCUUAAAUAAUAGCAGAAAGUUCAAAUUAGAAACACUAGCCUUUUACUUCCCCAAGAACUGAAUGAUAAAUGUAGUUCUCAUUCCUUCUCCCCAAAUCCCAGCCUUCUUAUAGCUGCUUUGUUGUAAGCAAGGUUUUCAAAGGCGUAUCUCAGGCGCGCCUUGAAGCGAGGCAAGGCAAAAACGCCCUGACGCGUAAAUAAUAAAACGCAAUGCCAGAAAGGCGUACGCCUUUUCCACCGAGGCGUGUCUGAGGCGCGCCUUGAUUGCGCCUUUUACGCCCUAAGAAGAAGGCGCACGCGUUGUGGCCAUGAAGAAAUUUAAAAAAAAAAGCCCUAACUGAUCCCUAAAGCAAAACUCGAGUCCCGAUUGAAGGCAAACAGAAAUUGGGAGAAAAACUCCAAAAGGAAACCCUACCUGAAGCGGCGGCGACCAAUCCAGAGCAUCUUCUUCGGCGACGACCAAUUGCAGAGCAUCUUCUCCAGCAGCGAUCCUUCUCGUUCAUCUCCAGAAUGAGUUCCUCCGAUUCGAAAAAUUCAAGAAAAGAUUUUGUGUGGAAGUAUGUUCUUGAAGUUGCCGGGGAGCAAUAUUUAAGAUGUAAAUUUUGCAAUCAAAGAUGCACGGGAGGGGUGAAUAGACUCAAGCAUCACUUAGCCGGAACUCAUCAUGGUAUGAAACCAUGCAACAAGGUUAGUGAAGAUGCUAGAUUGGAAUGCAAAGAGGCAUUGGCCAAUUUUAAGGAUCAAAAAACAAAAAGAAAUGAAUUGCUCCAAGAAAUUAGUAUGGGUCUAACUUCAAUGCAUGAGAGUGCCUUGUCUAAAACAAUAGGGACACUAGGGAGUGGGAGUGGGAGUGGGAGUGGGAGUGGGGAACCUAUUCCUAGGGGACCCAUGGAUAAAUUUACCACUUCACAACCUAGACAAACUACUUUGAAUUCAAAGUGGAAGCAAGAAGAAAGGAAGGAAGUGUGUAGAAAAAUUGGUAGGUUCAUGUAUUCAAAAGGUCUCCCAUUCAACACUGUGAAUGAUCCUUAUUGGUUUCCUAUGAUAGAUGCUGUUGCAAAUUUUGGGCCCGGGUUUAAGCCUCCAUCUAUGCAUGAAUUGAGGACAUGGAUUCUUAAAGAAGAGGUAAAUGACCUAAGUAUCAUUAUGGAAGAUCACAAAAAAGCUUGGAAACAAUAUGGAUGUUCAAUUAUGUCAGAUGGUUGGACAGAUGGAAAAAGUAGGUGUCUUAUCAAUUUUUUGGUGAAUAGUCCUGCUGGCACUUGGUUUAUGAAAUCAAUUGAUGCUUCUGAUACAAUAAAAAAUGGGGAAUUGAUGUUCAAAUAUCUUGAUGAGGUGGUUGAAGAAAUUGGAGAGGAGAAUGUUGUGCAAGUCAUCACUGAUAAUGCCUCUAAUUAUGUGAAUGCUGGAAUGAGGCUUAUGGAAAAAAGGAGAAAAUUGUGGUGGACUCCUUGUGCUGCUCAUUGUAUUGAUUUGAUGUUGGAGGAUAUUGGAAAGCUAAAUGUUCAUGCUACUACACUAUCUCGAGCUAGGCAAAUAGUGAAGUUCAUAUAUGGGCAUACUUGGGUUCUUAGCUUGAUGAGAACAUUUACAAAAAAUCAUGAACUUCUUUGUCCAGCAAUUACACGAUUUGCUACUGCAUUUCUUACUCUUCAAGGUCUUUAUAAGCAAAAGCAAGCUCUUAUAGCAAUGUUCUCAUCAGAAAAAUGGUGUUCAAGCACAUGGGCUAAAAAGGUAGAAGGUGUGAAAACUCGAAGUACAGUGUUGUUUGAUCCAAAUUUCUGGCCUCAUGUUGCUUUUUGCAUAAAGACCACUGUUCCAUUAGUUAGUGUCUUGAGAGAGGUUGAUUCAGAGGAAAGACCAGCCAUGGGUUAUAUUUAUGAGUUGAUGGAUUUAGCUAAGGAGAAGAUUGCAUUUAAUUGUCGGGGUGUGGAGAGAAAAUAUGGCCCAAUUUGGAGAAAAAUUGAUGCAAGAUGGACUCCGCAACUUCAUCGACCUUUACAUGCAGCGGGUUAUUAUCUUAAUCCUCAAUUGUGGUAUGGAGAUAAGUUCUCUAAUGCUGAUGAGGUGAGGAAGGGAUUAUUUGAAUGCAUGGAUAGGAUGUUGGAUUAUCAAGAACGUUUAAAAGCUGACAUUCAGUUGGACUCAUAUGACCAAGCAAUGGGUGAAUUUGGGAGUCGUAUUGCAAUUGAUUCUCGAACAUUAAGAAGUCCUACAAGUUGGUGGAUGCGUUUUGGGGGUUCAACACCGGAGUUGCAAAAGUUUGCUAUUCGAGUCCUUAGCCUUACUUGUAGUGCUUCGGGAUGUGAAAGAAAUUGGAGCACAUUUGAGUCGAUCCAUACAAAAAAAAGAAAUAGACUUGAACAUCAAAGGUUGAAUGCUCUAGUGUAUGUAAGAUACAACACUAGGUUGAGAGAGCGAAGUCUACAAAGGAAACAAAAUGUUGAUCCGAUUUUGGUAGAGGAGAUUGAUUCGGAUGAUGAAUGGAUUGCGGAGAAAGAAGAUCCCCUCCUCCCCCUUGAUCUUUGUUGGCUUCAAGAUGAUGAGUUAUUCAGUGUUGAUGCCAUUAGAGCUGUGUCAUCCAACUCCCAAGAGACUAAAACAUCAUCGGAUCACAUGGUUUCUUCACAUUCCUACAAAAGGAAACAUAAUGAAGUACCAAGUACAAGUGGAGGCAAAGGCAAAGAGAAGGAAUUGAAUUGACACCAAUUGAUGAAGAUGAAGAUUUACAUGAAAUGGGGAUACAUGAUAGUGGACAUUUUCCUACUAUUGAUACAUUGGAUGAGGAUGAUGAUGACCUUGAAGAUGAGGAUUUAAGUUGAAACAAUUGACUCUAGUUGUUAUUUUAUGACUUAGUUAUGGAUUUUUUGUAAAAGUUUAGAACUAUUAUUAUGGUUGACUCUAUUUUCUAUUUCAUGACUUAGUUAUGGUUUUUUGUUAAAGUUUGAAACUAUUAGUAUAGUUGAAUCUAGAAUCUAUUUUAUGACUUUGUUA